AUGGCUCUAACCCGCAGGGCUAGUGGCCGACCUGGCGCUGACUCGGAAGCGUCUCCGUAUCUCCUUGAGCUACGUCGUCAGCUUCCGAGCGUCGGGUCGUCUCAGAAGGCCCGACGUCGAUUGUCGACUCAGCCUCCAGGUCCUGCGACGGAGAAGAGCUACGCUAUCUGCUCGUCGGUGCAGCUCGCGUUGCAGGAGCCUCUUGCAACUGUUCAUCUUGAAGUUACAGAUGUGAGCUGUGCAAGACUGCAGCACAGGCUAUUGGGUACGAAACGCUACUGGUACAGGUCGGUCAAGCAGGAGAAGCAAGGCAAGAUCCGCUGGGAGGUAAAGAUGUAUCAGAUAUGCUGUAGGAAGUCGACGGUUGAGGCACUCUUGAAGUGCACCUGGCACAUGAUGCCGAGACUCUCCAGCGAAGAUGUUGCAGUCAAGUCUGCUGGCUUUUUCGAUACGGAGAAAGCGGCGAUGACAACGCUGGAAGCUGCUGUAAAGUCACGAGAUAUUACGAAUCCAUUCACAGGUUUAAGUGUGCGAAAAAACGAGCUACCUCUGCAGCUGGUCAAGUAUUUCCAAAUAGUGAUCGUGUCGGAUAGAUUCCAAAGGAAGGCACAGAACGAGCGCCUUGAAAUGAUCUACAGACUGCUCCUGGACGCAGCUCCGAAGUCUGCCAAUGCACAAGAAGACAUAGAGACGAAGCUUGCUCAUCAGCAAUCGGGCUUGCUGUGGCCGACAAUCAAGUCCCGCUUGCGUGGAUUCUCGACUAUUGGAAAUAACGUCGUUGCUCUCCCAGUCUGGAGAUCGCUGGAGUGCCACUUCACAAUUUGUGCGAAAUCAUCGACUCAGUGGAGAGCUGGGCGAAGCAGACAGGAGAUCGAGCGGCCGUUUACUGAGCGUUUCGGCUUGAGUCAUCUUGCCAAUGACCGAGCUUUUAAUGUGAAUCCCGGAGUACUUCCAGCAUCUCGGGGCCUCGCUGAGUUAGUAUCGCUGAACCAAGAGGAUCUCUACUCCAUGCAGAGGACGGAAUCGAUGCCGCACUUUUACCAUGGAUUACCCGAUGAAGUGAAGCGCAUGAUCGCUGAGGAGCAAGCCAAAAUGGCGCAAGGGCGAGCAGACUCGAUCGCUUUCCAGAAGCUCACAACGAACACAGAGGGCGCCUUCGUUAGAAGGUAUCUCAAACGUCGACGUGAAUAUGUGCAGGUGGCCAUCAAAUUACAGCAGCUCUAUCGAAGCAACAUGCACAGCAAAACCUUACGACGAUGCUAUCGCCAGCAGAUCGGUGCUAUGGCACUUCAGCGCCUAUUUCGUGGCCACCAACGGCGUAAGUACUCAAGAGCUUUCUUCCGCGUUGUCACGUGUGCUGCGCUCAUCAUUCAGUCAGUCUAUUGGUCGUACAAGUCUAGACAUGAUACCAAGGCGAUGCGUACGCGAUACCAGCGCGCAACACUCGAUAUCCAGCGAGUAUGUCGUGGGUUUCUCGGAAGAGGACACGCCCGGCGAUUACGUCGCCUGGAAGCUAAUGCGGUCAUUAUGGAAAAACUCGUGAGGGGGUUUAUGGGGAGGCGUCGAGCUCGGCGUGUUUUCUUAGCCCAGCACAAGCAACAAGUCGUUAUUCCUGCAUGCUUACGUAUCCAGAGGGUAUGGCGAGGGCAACGUGAUCGAGUAUUAGUUAACGGUAAACGACAAGAAAGAGAGAAAGCUCGUGUAUACAUUCCUGCUGCCGUGCGAAUCCAGAAGUUGGUCCGAGGUUUCUUAGCUCGAUGUUCAAAGUUAUGGCGUUCUCGCCGAUUCUUCCGGAAGUGGAUGGAUCUCAUGGAGUUGCGCCGAAUGGAUCGGAUGGCGUCGCAAAUUGGUUCGAUUGCGCGAGGAAUUCUCACAAGGAAGUUUAUUCAGCGCGAAAAGCAGAAGCGGCACUUUCGACGUGUAAUUGAACCGUCCGCCGCAAGAAUUCAACGCGUAUUCCGUGGCUACAUUGUGCGAAAGAGACUCGAAGGCAUCCGCGACCAGAUUGAAGCUGCCAUAACGUUGCAGCAAAUGUGGCGCUCCAGAUCCACCGUCAAGACGAUUCGAGAGAAACUACGUGGCUUUCGACUCGCGCUUCGUGAGUCCGCAGCUGGAAGAAUUCAACGGUGUUAUCUCUGCUACCGGGCACGACAAGAACUUGACUUUCGUCGUCUCACACACCACGCACGGUACGGGAAGGCUGCACUUGCCGCUCAAGCAGCUUGGAGAAGUUAUUGCAGUCGGAAGCAGCUGAAAGAGUUCCGAUUCUGCUCCACGAUCGAACGCAAGGCGACGUCGCUUACCCAGUCGAAAGAGGACCGUGAAAUGAUCGAGUUCGACGUUUUCGACGCUCGUGCCGAUUUGAAACGUGUUAUGAAGUACAAGGCCAAGAUGCUGCGUCGAAUCAGGGAGAUGAAGGAGAUGCGAAUUGAGUGGGAACGACGACAACCGGUAGUUGAACAGGAAUUGAGUCAACUCACUGAGGAAGACAUGGAUCGAGGCUGGGGCGAAGCAUUCGAGACUGAAAAGCACCUUAUACACUUCAGUCUCGAGCUCAGUCUGGAAGAUAUUCUCUCCAAAAAGCAGCAGGUGAGGGAGUACGAAGAAGAAAUUGAGGACUUGCGUAUCGAACUGGAAGAUCUGGAACGCGACAUGGAAGAGUGCAUUUUGAACGAGACCAUGGAACUCGAGUCUUAUCGCGACGUGGAGCUACAGAGAGCUGCGAUGAUGUUUGCCGACGAGAGGGCUCGGAGAAUUCGAUUGCAGCGCAUUCGAUGGGGCACGAGGAACGUGCGUAAAUAUGUCGUGGCGCGUGAGCGUAAAGACCUUCAACUGUUACAGAAGGAGGCGUUGGAUAAACGCCAAGUGGAGGAAUUGGGUGUACUGGCGUUUGAGAAGAAGCAGUUUGUAAAACGCAAGUUGAAGCAGGCAAUUGAAGAUGCCGCGAGGUCACGAGCCAAGCAGGGCGAGGUGAUGAUGGCGAUGAAGCGUGAUUCCAGCAUCGUCCAUGGAUUUAAGGAGGCUGUUCAGAAGAUGCACGCGAUCACUCAGGAGUAUUCGUAUCACUAUCGACUGCCGAAGACCGAUCUCCGAGAAGAUCUAGACUCUGUAAUGUGCUCUGGGUGUGGCCGUGUCACCUGUGACUGUCAUUUGAAGGGAAAUGAGAUAGCUGAUGAGGAAGGAGCUACAAUGAAGCAAUAUGCAAACAACGCAAUGAUCAACACACGCAACAGACUAGCAAAACGUUGGCGAUACCAAGAUUGA